CGUGUCAAUCAUGGACAAGUCCGAAACAUCUGAAGAAACAAUAAACUCACAUGCUUGCAUUUUUGACACAAAAGAACAGCUUCCACUUCCGGAGUUUUACGGGAAGUACAAAAGCAUGUUUCCGAUGAUGGCCAUUGUUGUAGGAGGACACUACGGACCCACUCAAUGGGACGACCUUUCUAGUGACCUGGUGAUGCGAAUCGAUAGAGAAUUUAAACAGCAGAGGGUUUUGGCCAAGAACCCAAAAUCAUACCAGGAGCAGUAUAUAAGCAUACCUGUAAAUGGUCGAUAUAAAUUCAACGUUGUUAAAUCAAUCAAGACACAAAGCAAAGAUCAAAGUAUGGCGGAUAUAUUGAAACGGAACUCUUUGCCAGUCCUCGUUCAAUUUUCCGAGAGUGAAGAGGUUCCAAAGGAAGGAAAAGGGGGUCCAGAUGAAAAACCAAUCAAUCUUCUUAUCGAGUAUCGUCACGAAGUCAUUUACCUUCAAGGGAACUACUUUUUUCAAGGGUGCAUCACUAAAGAGAGUGCAUCUGUCACUUUAUCUCCCUUUAUCACCAUGGCUCCAGUCCACGGGCUGAUGACAAUGACAGAGGAGAACUAUGACCAAUACCUACAACGUAUGACAGACUACGUCAAUAAGAACAGUGAAUUUUCCGAGGAUACGUGUAACUUGGGUAUCAAGAUUCUGGAAGCAGCCGAUCCAGACAUUGCUCAUAUUGUCCCGAAAAAACCGACCAUAGACAGCGGACCAGCUCCUGACCUCCCUACAAGAGGGUCACAACGGAAUUCAAAAGCGCAGUCCACGAAUUCAAGUCAAAACAAGCGUUUUGAUGUUGGACUUAUUCCAAACACAAACACACAGGACUUAGAAAGAUCUAGAUCCCAUAAUAGAGUAGCAUCUCCGAGUGUAAAAGUAGGAGAUAAAAAUAAAGGAAAAUGUGAAAAGCCUCCGAAACCGGAACUAAAACCUAAACCAGUAGUUACCAAACUGAAGUCAACCAAUGACGUGGAUAAAGAUUUAUAUGAAGAGAUCGGUGAAUGUUCGAAGUUGCAGUCUCAAAAAGAACAGCAAAAGAAAGUACAUGGUUACGAAAAUGAUAAUUUUUGUCCAGUCCAACCAAUUCCAAUAGCACAGGAUUCCGGCGAAGAAAAUGAUUAUGAAGAGUAUAUUGAGGAAUCCAUCUCCACUCAAAACUCUAACAGAGAACAUAUUGACAAUGUCCCACAGCCAGAGUAUGAUUACGUUGUAUCACAACCCUACAGUACAGAGUAUUCAGGGGGCGCCUUUGCUGGCUUAGCUCCAAUACAAUGCAAACUUCAAACACCUCAGACGUCGAACUAUGCUUCUGGAAGGACCAUUAAGGAGCUCGGAGAAAUCCUUGUCAAACUAAAGCUGGAAAAAUUUGUGGAUCAAUUUGCAGUGGACAUGGUGGACGGUGAAAUUGUCCAACAUCUCACAGAAGAAGACUUGAAGAAAGAAUUUAAGUUCACGAGAGUAGAGGCCAUUAGGCUAAGGAAAUAUAUUGAAAAAGGUCACAUUCCAGUUUAAAGUUAUCUUUGUCUCACUUUAAGGCAAAAAGGUGGGAACUAACACUUGUGAUUAUCUGAUAUGCUCCUUUGUCAAUCAGUGGUGAAUUUAUUUUU